AGAUGACGUCAUCGCUCACAAUAUGCUCAAUUCCAGACGGAGUGAAGGAGGAUUUGAAGAAGUUUCGAUUCUCGAAGAGUACAACGAUGAACGCUUUGAUUUUGAAAAUCGACCGGGAAUCGCAUGAGCUUCAAUCGGAGCAACUGCUCAAUGAUUGCUCAAUUGAAGAGUUUAAAGAAGAGCUUCCAAGUCAACAACCACGGUUUAUUCUACUCAGUUGGUGCAAAAAACAUUCGGACGAACGAAUUUCAUAUCCAAUGCUUCUGAUUUAUUAUUGCCCAAAUGGAAGCAGCCCGGAACUCCAAAUGCUGUACGCUGGGAGCCGUAAUUUCAUCGUCAACGAAUGCCACGUGUCAAAGAACACGGAAAUCCGAGAUAUCGAUGAAAUCGACGACGAACUGCUCGAAUCGAAAUUUUGAAUUUUGAAUUUCCACCGCCGGCUGAAGAUAUUUAUACGAUAAUUUAUUUAUGUUAAUUUGCGAUUAUACAGAAUAUUCAGACAAUAAAUAUUUAUUU